AUGCAUCACAAUAGUGAUGAGAUAGGUUUGUUGCACAUUCAACCAAAUCUAUCUGAUCUUCCAUCCGAGAGUGCAGCAUUCUAUCCUCUUGUUGUUGUUGAAUCUAAGCUUGGAAUCUCCUUUCAGCAUUUAACAGCGCUUUUAAGUGAGGCUCAUAAGCGCUAUGUUCUUGUCCGUGAUGCAAAAGGAGCUGCAGAUCUGGCAGAAUUGGAACAAGUCAGUAGAGUUUUAAUAUUAAUCAAGCCUGAUCAUUACACUGCUAUGAAUACAAGAAAGCAAUUGAUCACAUCCGGACAGAUCUCGAUAGAGAAUGAAUUAUUACUUCUUGAACUUAUGUUUACUAUCCCUAAACAUUCCAAGAGCUCGAUUGCAUGGCAUCAUCGGCAAUGGAUCUAUAAGUUGAAACAUUCGCGCAAUGACCCUCAGUCUCGUCUUAUUGAUCAUAUUAAUAUUGAACAUGAAUUACAAUUAUGCGACCGAACUAUAACCUUGUAUCCUAAAGGCUACUAUACAUGGAACUAUCGUCACUGGUUACUUUCUACCAUGGAGUCAGACCACCAUUUUGUUCAAAAGGAAUAUCAUCAUUCGCGUUCCAGAGUUGAAGUGAACGUCAGCGAUCAUUCAUGCUUGCAACACUUGGAGCUUGCUCUUUUUGCGAUAGUAAAAGAUUCUCCUUUAAAGAUAUCCAUAUUAGAAGAUCACCUCAGAUGGCUGGAUGGAGUAAUAAUUAGCUACCCUGGGCACGAGGCUUUGUGGUAUCAUCGACGAUACUGCCUGGACAUAUUACUGUGCGAUAUGAAAGAUUCAAUCUACUAUUCUCAGAAGCAUUAUGAGUUCAUAGAAGAUAUCGCAAAGGGUGAUCCGUCUCCGCUAGCAAUAGACACAAACCGCAGCUCCCUUUUGCGCCAAGUAGAGCUUGCUUUGCAUUUUGGUGUCUGGCUAUGCUUAAAGGAGAAGGAUACUGGAAAUGUAAACAUUGGUAGGGCAAGAUCAUAUUUAAACAGACUAGAGAGUACACCUGCUAUAUCUGAGAUUCAUCGCUUGUUUAACGACAGUGCGUAA